AUGGAGCAACAAUUACGAGUCUGGCUACGCUACACUGUAGUAUUAGGGCUCUAUGUGAGUCCGCGCAAGCGUCCACCAGCCAAGAAAUCACCACAACUAUCAGCUGAAGCUGCAGCACCAGUGCAUGGCAAACGUCUAGCGUGGGCAGGACGCUCGAAACUCGGUUUUCGUUAUCGCUUGGAAAUAGUUUACCUUAAUGCGCUCUUACCUUGGAUUUGUGUAUUGUAUGUGAAUGCGCUGAUUUGGCAUGAACUUGUAGGGGACGUCAUGCUCAGUUGGUUGCUCACCAUCCUGUUCUUUAGCUCACAAGCCUUUUCGAGUUUACUCAUUGCAGCUGAAGGAAUUUGGCGGCGACAGCAGCAUGAAGAAUUUCUAAGGCGAUUGCAAGAGAUUGAGCUAUCGCUGAAAUUGCGACUCAAACAGGAUGUUAAUGUGGGUUGGUUAGUGAGACGUGUGCGUUGUCUCUUAGAAUAUCUACUAUGGCUAACGUUUAUCUGCUACUGCUUGUUCAUUUAUAAUUUUGCAUACUUGCAAUAUGUUGGCUAUUUCUGGUAUUCCAUUUGGUUUAUCAUCACAAUGCGUUUACGUUUGAUACAACUACUGAUUUAUGUGCGAGUGCUGCAGCACUACAUGAAAUGCCUUUGCAUGAAGUUGCAACAGGUUGUAGCCUAUCGCAUGGCGCCUAAUCGUCAACUGAUGGACAUCAACUACGAAAAGCUGCAAUCGCUGGAUUAUCUCUUGGCUAUUAAAGAGAUUUAUACGUUGCUCUUCAAGGAGUUUCAGUUGCUCAAUGACUUUGCCGGUUGGUCGCUGUUCAGCAUCGUACUCAGUUACAUGUUGGACUGUGGCUGCACCCUCUAUUGGACACUACUUAGUUGGGAAGCCUAUGAGGAACGCCGCAAAUACCGAAUUGCUGGCUUUUGGUGGUUUGUACCGAUGACGGUGAUCGUCUGGCAUCUUUGCCUAUUGUGUGACAAUUGUAUGAAACUGGAUCGCUUCAUAGCCGAAUUACUUAGUAAAAUCAUUAUAACGCGCCCUUCAAAGUCUCUACAUAGUUAUCGGCUUUUAGUGCAUCAAUUCUCCGCACAACUACAGCUGCAAUAUAUCGAGGUGACGGGAAAAAGUUUUUUCACUUUAAACUUGCGCUUGAUUAUGUCGAUUGGUAUAGCCAUAUCGACGUAUAUGGUGAUAGCAAUACAAUUCUUAACCAUUUGA